GGCCGGCAUGACUGCAUGGAGUGUCGUUACCUUCACGUCGGAGCGUAUGAAGAAGAGGUGGAGGAGGAAGAAUAUGUGGAGGAGGAAAUGGAAGAAACGGUUGUUGAAACAAAGCCACAAGUACCACCUUCCAAGCCCACACCCCCUCCCCCUCCCCCUGCCACUGUCCCUCCCCUUCGCCGAAAAUCUUCCGCUAAUUAUCGAGCCUAUGCCGUUGAGCCGCAUGAUAAGAGAAAAUCCAAGAUAUCAGCAUCCCGGAAACUACAACUUAAGUCACUGAUGCUCCAGGUGGCAAAACAUGAAAUGGAAAAGGAGGAAGAAGAGCGUGUUCAGGAGAAAGAGCGAUACCUCUCCGAUCGUUGCACACCUUUAGAACUGGCAGGCCUUGGUCUCAAAGAGUUGCAGGAGAUGUGCCGGCAGCUCCACAGACAGGUUGACAAAAUGGAUGAAGAGCGCUAUGACAUGGAGGCCCGGGUCAGCAAAAGUGUCAAUGAGAUCAAGGAUCUGAACCAGAAGAUCUUUGACCUAAGAGGCAAAUUCAAACGCCCAGCUCUUCGCCGUGUCCGUCUCUCAGCGGAUGCCAUGAUGCAAGCCCUACUCGGCACCAAGCACAAGGUCUCCAUGGAUCUGCGGGCCAAUCUCAAACAAGUCAAGAAAGAUGACACCGAGAAGCAGGAGAAUCGGGAAGUGGGUGACUGGCGGAAGAACAUUGAUGCUCUGAGUGGCAUGGAGGGCCGCAAGAAGAAGUUUGAGGCCUCUCCUGCAGGACAAGCCUGAAUUCUGGGAUGGGCUCCUUGAUUGGCAGUUGUGUGGAAAUCACGUGAAGAUCUUCCAACCUAGAAUAUGUCCUCAUUAUCUGUGGUGUAUGAAUUUGGCUGGAUAUCUUCCUACUCCUAGGAAUAUUUGCCAACAAGACUGAUUUUGAAGAACAUCUAAAACAAAGGAAUCAAAUAUAAUUUAAGCUCUAGGAUGUAUGCUCUCUGCACAGUUGUAGCAACUCGAUACCACUUUCAUUGCCAUGGUUCCUUCAGGUGGAAUCCUAAAAUCUGUAGUUUGGAGAAGGGCAGAAAUUUCUUUGCCAGAAAGCUCUGUUCUACUCUCCUGUGCUCUUUGGUAUAUAAUUCUGAGUCCCCUCCCAAACUUCAAUUUCCAGGAUUCCAUACGUUGGUGCUAUGACCAUUGAAGUGGCAUUAAACUGUUCUCAUUUUCAAAACUAGUUACAAAAAAGCAAAACAAAAAAACGGCUAGUUCCAGUUUCAGUUAGGAGGGCAAGGAGGGAGAGCAUUGCAUGAUUCUAAAUGUUUUUAAAACUGGAUUUGGACUUGCUCAUUACAUUUGGAACAAGGGUCUUGGCUGUUUUUGCUGCAGCAGAUUUGGGCCCCAGAAGGUGUCAUAGACUCCUGCUGGAAGACCUAGCAAAUUCCUGGAGAAGACCCAUCUCUAAAGUGUCUGGGUCCUCCAAGGAGAUUUUAUGAUAUGCUGGGACAGGAACUGCCCUCUUAAUUUAGUGGUGCUUGGUCGGACCUGUGGUUUCAGGUAAUUGCAGUCUAGCCAGGAGUGUAUCGCCUCACAGACGUGGAAGCCUUACUGUACUAACACUUUCAUAGCAUCUCAUGGCAGGAGGCUCUGUAAUAUAGGAAAGAUAAAUCUGCAAACUACAAAAUGAAGAAUGACUAAACUCAAAGUGGUUUCAGAUACAGAAAGAAAGAAGGCAUGGCUAAGUCAAUAAGCAAAAAUUAUGGGAAGUGAUCCUGUAUUCAGAUACAUAGGUACAAGAGGUAGUUACAAUAGCAUCUGGUUCAAAUCCACAGUCAACUUUUUCUCAGUUGCAGCACUCUUAUAUUGGCCAUUUUCUGCUUGGAGGGAACGAUAAACAAGACACACAGCAGACACCCAUAGGGGACAUGCCUUAGGUAUCUCUAUAGAAUUGAUUGUGUCCUUACUCUGCAUCCAGAUAUAAGAAAAUAGAUGGAUAUUUGCCUUUUGCUCUUCCCAGCACUACCAUCAAAAACUAAGCAAUGGCUAUUUCAGGGGCCUGCAACAGAGAAAAGAGGGUUGUAGGGGAUUUGGGUCAUUGUGUGGUCAGUAGAGUGAUCUGUGAUGAGAUAAGUCCAACUUAACAUUAUUAUAAUUCAAGAUGAAUAACAGGAUGAAUGGAUUUUCAUAAUGAGACAUGCAGACUAGCAACUAGCCAUGCUAAAGUUGUAUGCCGAACAAUAUUCAUAUUAAGAGGGACUUCCAUAAGGGAGUAGGAAAUGUCCAACAAGAUGCUUUAUUGCUUUUGUGUGUGAAUUGAGCAGCUAGUAAUCCAUAUAGUGAGAUGUAUGAGACAGAGCAAAACUUAGCUAGUAGUCACUUAGAUACAUACUCCAGUGAUCUUGGGUCAAUAAACCCAAUGCCAUUUGGGUGUCACUGUUUCUGUUCUCAAUUACUUGCUGCUCCAGUGCUAGUUUUUGCAGAGCUAGCUGCUAUUUCCUGGAGUGGUCCCUGCUGAUCAAGGAUCAUGUAGGCAAUGUGAUAACAUCAUCAUGUCAUUUAGGCAUCAGUAACCUUAUGGAGCCACAUAGGAGGCAUGCUAACACCAUGAUGCCACCAGAUGGGAUUCUGUUUGUAGUGAGGACAAUGUCCUAUGUCAUCAUGACUCUUCUAAGAAAUGGAGGUGGGGAGAGCAUGCUAGCAUCGUGUUUAUGUUCUUCCUAGCAAUUGCGCUUUCUCCAGGUUCAAACAGACACCUGCCAUCUUUUGAGUGGUUUGUUUCUCCAACACAUUACUUGGAGGGGUGGAUGUUGUGCCCAUUCACUUUUUCUUCUUGCUGUCCAUACUAGUAAGUGAUAACAGGAAGAAAAAUAGUAGCGUCAGAAUACUAUACCAACAGGAUUUUACUCCUUGUCACCACUGAUGAAAGAGCCCUUUGACACGAAGUCCCUCUGUACUUGCAAGUCCUUUCUUAGCUGCUAAGGUAAAUGUAAAGGUUUCUCCUGACAUGAAGUCUAGUCGUAUCUGACUCUGAGGGUUGGUGCUCCUCUCCAUUUCUAAGCCAAAGAGCCGGUGUUGUCUGUAGACGCCUCCAAGGCCAUGUGGUCAGCAUGACUGCAUGGAGUACUGUUACCUUCCCGCCGGAGCGGUACCGAUUGAUCUAUUCACAUUUGCAUGUUUUCGAACUGCUAGGUUGGCAGAAGCUGGGGCUAACAGUGGGAGCCCACUCUUCUCCCCAGAUUUAAACCACUGACCUUUCGGUCAGCAAGUUCAGCAGUUCAGCUGUUUAAUCCGCUGCACCACUGGGGGCUCCUCGCCAUCAGGGGUUCCUUAGCUGCCAAGGAAGAAUUCAACCAUUGUCUGGAGUCCUUUUGGUGAAUUACAGUAGUGCGAGUUGGACUUAUAUCAUUGCAACUUUUGGUCAUGGUAAAGGCUAUAAUUUACCAGCUGUUCAAUAACUAAAAUUUCCCCAUCCUGACUUUCAGGAUGGGUUUUGGAGGUCAGAGUAGGAAAUGGAGUGUAGCUUGACACAUUAGCUACAUGUCUGAUGCAGGAUCUUGGCCAGCCAUUGCUAGGUUGUUGGAAAGUGAAUGAGGUACAGAGACUCAUCCAGCCAUUUUUUUGUAACUGGAUGCCCUACAAGGAUGUAAUUUUCAGCAACAUCCCAAGAAACCACAGUAGACCCUUACAUGACUUCUGCAGUAAGUCCAACUUGAAAAAAAACUGUUUGACACUUGUACACUGAGCUUGUAAAAGUGGCCAAGCUAAUGGAGUCUCCUUCAUCACCCUAGCAACUUUUACAAUCUCAGUGCACAAGUGCCAAGCAGAGAUGUGCACAGCUCUGGAAGUGAUUGUCUGCAAAAACAACUUUUUCUAGAAUUUGUCUAUACAAUGGCAAUUCAACCUUUUCCUCCUUAAGUUCAAACGGUGUGUCAUUCUAGUCCUUUUCUUUCUCUGUGUUGGGAAUGAACCUCAAGAAAGUGUUUUUGCCCUUCUAGACCCCCCACCCCCCGGUCUCCAAUAUGAUUCUGAGUUUGAAUCCUUUGUGCCCAGGGUAUGUAUAAACUAGUCCUAUGCGGCCCUGCCCCAGUUUGUGAUCACCUCCUCCCUCCCAUUAUCCCAAUUACUCAUCGGUCAUCCCACUUUUCAGCUACUUUUUAAGCAUCCCAGUUUCUUCCACUUUCUUCUCACCACUUUCAGCUGGUGCAAACUGAUUUCAAGAUACAAAAAUCAUUUGUACUUAAUUUAUGUGGGUGAGAUAGGAAGAGACAGGGUCUUAUCCUUCCCAGUAAGCUCAGGCAAAAGCAAACUGCUGCAGCCUCUCCUAGCUUGGGCAUUCUCUUGCGUUAAUUACUUUUGCCAUCUUGAACUCUCUCUGAUGUUGCUUGGCCUUGCAUAAUCUGGUUUUCACCUGUGAAAUGCUGGAGGGUAUGCUUAAAGAGCAAAUUCAGACACUCUGUUAUCAAUCAUCUACUUGUAAAGGAAGGUCCCAGAAUUCUUACUUCACGGCUUGCUUUGUGGUGACACCCUGGUUGUCUAACAUCACCUGAGACCACCUUUUAGAAUUCACCGACACAAUUUUAAAACCAAUGCUUUAUUCACAUUCUUUUUACAGUACAUAUCUCACUGUAUUCAUAGCACUGUUCAACAGGAAACACAAGGAACUACGUAAUAAAAAAGGAAGAUACAGUAACAAAACUGUUAUGCUGAGAAAUCUCAGUGUUAUCACACUACUUUGAAAUCACACGGACAUACCACUGUUUGCCAUAAAACACAAAUGCUGAAAAAAUGCAGUAGUUCCAGGAAAGAUCAAUAGAGCAUAUAAAUAAAUAAAUAAAAACAGCAUUGAACUUAAA